UACACCCUGCUGCCAUUCAAACUUUGUUCCACACUGGUUAAAAAAGACUUGAUAUCAGAGUGUUGUGAGUCACGACCAUGGUCACGGAACAUAUUAAACUUGCAAGGAUAAGUCAAAGAAGGUGUCGCCAAACUUGCCAUCUGAUGUUUCUGUGUGUGGUCUGAAGCCGUCCUCCCUCGGAGCUGCUCAGCUCCUCCUCUUCCUCCCUGACGAGAAGAGCUGUCAGCUGCAGUCAAGUCACCUGAAAACAAGAAAAAGACGUCAGACGAGAUGCUGUUUGGCUGCCGGAUGGUCGAGCAGCAGCCGCUGCUGUUGCCGAUGCUGCCGAUGUUGUUGUUGCUGCUGCCAGUGGCUUGUCUGGCUCAGAGUGGAGAUGGAGACACUGACCUGGAGUCGAGAAUCAGCUGCACCUCUCACAUCACCACAGUCGAAAGCAGUUUAACCUGCAAACUAACUGGCAGCAGGAGCGAGGACGACGAAGAUCAGGCUGAAGGCGUGGAGUCCAUGACUGUGUGUUUCACCAAAGUGCUAGAGAACAAAUUAAAAUGCCUGACAUCACCGGGAGAUUCGAUCACCUCUGCUGAACUGAAUGCCCUGGCCCCUCUCAAGCUGACCAUCCUCUUGAAGGGGGGCGCCACCAUCAACAAAACAGUCAAACUGAAUAAAAUCAUUAAACCUCGAAGUCCUGAGGUGUGGAACGUAACCGUGAAACAUGAGUCAAAUCAGGCUGUGUUUCACAUUCGGACUCCUUACCUGAAGGACUACCUGAAAGUUGAAAAUCAGCUUUUUCAGCUGGUCAUUUGGACCGCCGACAAGAAUAUGAUUCAAAAUGUGUCGGCAUCGGAUACGAUGGCCAUCGACAUGGAGCACCUCCAGAUAAACUUGAAAUAUCACGUGAAAGUGCGAGCAAUACCCUUGGUUUUUCUGAGGGGCAGCUGGAGCGAAUGGAGCAACGCGUUGACUUUCUCCAUUCCCGACGGCCGGACGCAAAGUCACGAGAGGGAGAAAGUGACGACGAAGCUGAUUGCGUGUUUCUUAUCCCUGGUGGUGCUGACUUCCACCUUGGGUUACGUCUGGAAAAAAAAAGUAUUCUCUUACAUGUGGCCCAGCAUUCCGCAUCCUAAACCCACCAUGGUGCACGGCUGCAAACCCAAUCAAGUUGCCCUUCUACUCACCAUCAAACCAGAGGAGGUCAGUACACUUAAAAUCUACCCGGUGGUGGAAAGAGUUGAGCAGGAAAGAGUCCUGGCUAUCCAUUGUGCAGCCAAUGAUCUUACAUUGGCCAGUUACCCCGCUUCCACGCAAAACUCCGAUUGCAGCACCGGCACGGAAGAACUGGAGCUUUCCAUCUCGCGCAACAGCAGCUGUUUCGAUGGAGAUGACAGCCUUCAGAGCACCAAUUCGCCGCUUGUGGAGACUGCUGCACCGAAUCCUGGACACUCGAUUUCUCCUGCGUUAGGAGCCCAUCAAAAGGAGGAGGAUUAUGUCACAAUGUCCAGUUUCUACCAGGUCAAGUAGGAUGAAUUUGGAGGAACUACAAUCUGUCAAAUCUCCAAGUGGAAACCGUCUUCAAGUAAGCCAGAAAGGAAGCUGGUGCUAAGAGGAGGCGAUCUUUGAUGGUGCAUCAGCGCAUAAAGAUUAACAGACCUUUUUGUCACCAGCAUCAGCUUGACAUUUGUCACAAGUCAUUCCGCAGCUAUGGCACCAAAUCGCCAAAAGAAGAAAUAGGAGAAGAAGAAGAAGAAGAAGAAGGAAUUAUGGCAACUAAUAUGUGACGCAUCGCUAGUUUAGUUAGCAUGCGGCAUCCGUCACAAGGAUUUACUAUUCACGGCAGCAAAAGGUACAAUAACCGACCAGGAUUCUAUCUUUGGCCCGGGAUUAUGGUUAAGGUAAUUCAUUUCAAGCUCAUAUUGUAAUAUUAAUAUUUAGCAAGUCUUAGCUCAGUAUAAGGUGCAGGACCAGCAAAACCUUGAAAAAAAAAUGCGACAUAUAGUCCAGUAUAUCCGAUUCAUUUUUACACAUCACCUGAAACAACUUUACAUGCACACGUGUCCAAAUUUUAUUCAAACAACGACACCACUGUCACCGCUUGGCACCUACAACGCAGACUUCAAUAAUCAAUUCGAAUGCAUCACAAAUAAUAAUACACUUAAUUCACGUUACAUGCCGUUUAGUUGACUAACUCUUUCCCCCAUUGGUUUGAAUGCACGAAACGCCCGAAUGACUUCACUGGUCGUCAUUGGAAAUUAUUUUGCUGAUUCAAUAGUCUACGAAAUCUGUGUAGCCCCAGUUCUGUCCCUCCAGCGUUUUAUUUGAGAUGAUAAAAUAUACAUAUGAAUUAUUUUCUCAGCCCCCCCUUUAUAUCUCCGGUAGGGAGAAAAAAAAAUCCUGGAGCUGUCCCAGAUUCUCACUGAUGUGUUAAAGUGUGACUUUGUAGCAGGGAGAGAUGACAUGAGGCAUUGGGAGCCAUUGUGAGGAAGGCCCCUUUUGGAUGUUUGCAAAGCUGCUAUUUUCUGAAGGCAUUUCAGCAUGUUUCUUCAUGCUUCAUUAUUUCUGACAGUUUUGUUAUUAUUCUUAUUUGCGGGACAGGAUGUGGACAUAUGGAGCAGGAUGUUUUGCUGCAGCAAUCGCAUUUGCUCAAAGCUGCAACUUAUACCUCAUGUUUAUGCAGCUAUAAACGUGUGGUUUUUUUUUUUGUUUGUUUGUUUGUUUUGUUCGAUUCUGUAACAGUACAUUUUGCUGCUGCUGAUAUUUCUCGUAUCCAACUGAUUUUAUUGUAAUCAACAUUUUCUUGCCUACACUGAUUACCAGCACAUGGAAACAUGACAAUUUUAUAUGAUUUUUUUAAAAUGUGUAAAUCUGCCUCUUUGUGGUUUUGAAAAUAUUUUUUCUUUUGGUUUCAUUUUCUCAAGAGGAUUAAAGAUAUGGUGGAUGGCUAAAAUAGAAUGCAGCCUUUACUAAUGGGUAGGUGUCAUUUAACAUCCAUUCAGCAAGUAAAAUAAUGACAUGCUGUAGCUCCACAACAUUAUGACCACAUGAAACUGUAUCAUCUAUUGUGCCUUUAUGAAGUUAAGAAUGUUCAUCUUUUAUUGAUGCUGUCAUAACGAUUUCAUUUGAACAAUUUGCUGUGGUUGCACUCAGAGUUAUUAAAAGAAAUACAAAAUGAAUCUCAAA